AUGUUUCCGGCCUUGCUCUUUUGGGGACUUCUCCCUGUUUCAGCGGGUUUCGAUCUCACUUGGGCUCCGCCCACGCGCUUUGCAGAGCCUACGGGAGCCCGCAGUCUGAGCGGAGGUGUCAUCCGUCAGAAUUACAUAGAUCCCGAGAGCGGGCUGCGGUUCCAUCUGCAACACGACACUGUGCAGCGAGAGGGCACCCAGAUCAUCUUCCUGGAUCAGCUCGAGGGCAUUCUUGGUGCAUAUUGCCCCGAGGAGAGCGUUUUGCUGCUGGCGUUCUCUCGGGCAGAUGCACUCGACAACUUCCUUCAAGCCACCAAGUCCGUCCAGGGUCGUGUGAUCCUCGCAUCGACUCGCCAUCCUGCUUCCUGUGGGGUUGAGGUGUUUUUGGGCGAGGUGGCGCCCAACAGGGUGAAAACCACAGCAGUUCCGCCAAUUUCUCAGCACGGGGUUUCCGUGACCUACACUUCCAAAGACUACGGCAGUGUUUUCGAGUAUGCCAACAUCACCGUCUCAGCACCAUUGGCCACCGUUGCGCCCAAGAUGCCUGUCGAGCUAGAGCAGCCAGAGCAGCCAAAGGAGAAGAGUGCCAAACCCCGGCGGCUGUUCCUGUCCUCCAUCUUGAAGAGCACCUGGAGGGCUGUGAAAGGCCUCGCCAGUGCUGCCCUUGCACCCGUCUGGGUGGCAUUAGAGGCAUUGGGCUUGACCGAGUUGAGCGCGUCCAAGACCUUCAAGAUUUUCGCCUUUGACAGAGGAGACCAGCUGAAGACGGCGAUCCAGCAGGCAACUUGCAACUCCUGCGUCUCUACCUGCGAGGCGUCCUCGAAGCUAACCGCAAAAGUAACCUUCCAGCUGAAGAUCUCUGGGGGCGCCACCGAGCUGGCAAAGCUGGAGAUCAAAGGCACCCUCGCCAAUCUCCUGGAAGUCAGUGGCGAGAAAGUGGCUCAGCUCUCUGAGGAAAGGCAGCUGAUCAAGUUUCCACCAGUUUCCAUCAAAUUCAUGGUGGGGCCUGUUCCUGUAUAUUUGCAGGUGGAUGCAGGCCUUCACGCGGGCGUCAAAGCCUCCGUUGAGGCAAGCUACGGCCUGACUGCAGCAGCGGAUGCGAGCCUGACGCUUACUGCAGCCUAUCGGGACAGUACUGGGAAGGUAGAGCGGAACUUGGACUUCAAUUGGGACCAGCUUGACACCAAAGCCACCUUCGAUGGAAAAGCCACAGCAAUGCUGUACUUGAAGCCAGUGGUGACGUUUACAGCAUACAAGAUCUUUCAAGCAGCCUUCGUCUUGAAAGUCUUCUACCAAGCGAUCUGGACGCUAGAAGGUGAGGCCCUCGCGGGCGAAUGCUCGGCAAACCUCAAGAAAUUCUGGGGCUUGGACCUGUCCCUGACAGUGAAGAUCCAGUCCGUCUUCACGAAGUCGUUUAACCUUUAUGCGAAUCAAUGGCCUCUGGCAGAAAGGGAGGAUGAUUGUGGCCCGUUCAUAAGUCUGCCUGGCAACUUGCUGGCGGACUUUGUGGAGGGCACGUCCGAUGAUGAUGAUGAUGAUGAUGGGUCGGCGGUGUCGGAUGAUGCCUCAGGCGACGAGUCAGGUAGUUCUUCGAGUCCUUCGACUCAGACUUCGCAAGAUGGCUGCAGGUGCAAGCAAAACUGGACUGCAGACUGGAAUGGCUCCGAAGUCACGUGCAACAGCUACUGCUGCCAGUUCGAAGGAACUUCGGGUUUUUGCGUCAAGGAAGACCCGACGUGCGGCACAGAGUGCUGGGGCAGCUGUGACACGCGACGGCUUACCACCUGCGAAAAUGUUCAGCCAUUUUGCAAUGCGAAUGCUUGCGAGAAUGAGCAGCCGGACUGUCUCCGCUGUGGUUUCUGCGGCCAAGAUGAAGAUGUCAAUGACACCGGGGGGAGUUCCGGCUCCAGCGGGGCUUCACCACCCAGUUCAGGUUCGGGGUCCGCUCUGAGUCUCGCGUCGCACAGCGUGGGUGCACUCUGGAAUGGUCUCAUUACGCCCAUUUCGGAUGGGACAUGCCCCAAUAACCCGUCCGCUGAGCUCGUUCUGCAGCUCGUGGAGGUGGACGACUGGGGGGGCGGCAACGGUCAGAUGACAUUUAUGGGCGCUACCAACGUCCUCUUGCCGGAUGGCCGAUGCACCGUCAGCUUGAGCUACGUGGCCGACCUCUACGGUGGCAGCAUUCAAGGUGGCACUUUGAAACCCAGUGCAGACGACGACUUCUUCGGUGAUUGCGAUGGGUUCGAGCUGCCAUAUGGCUGGAGGGUGGAUGCAACCACGACCCGCAUCGCAGGAAAGGAUUCAAUGAAUUGCUACAGCGUUGACUUGCGGGCAUCUGUUGCUUUGCCGACCUCGAGACGACUUUCCACGUGCAUCGUGGAUCCAAACGCCACAAUGUACAUUGCUACCGCAGAACUCAGCUCUUCGAAAUUCGCUGUAUUCAAAACGGCAUUGCUGCUUCUAGCUGUGCUGUUUGCUUUCGAUGCUGUUGAAUUUCCUCUUUGA